GUAUUGUUUUGGUUAUUUCAAAAAUUUAGUAGCUUAGGAAUUCUGAAGGGUAUCUUUGAGUCUAAGUUUUUUAUUUAUGGUCAAAAUCUUAUUCAAGAUUCUGCAUGUGCCCUUUUAAAAUAAGGCCAAUCCAUUUCUUACUCAACACCUAUACUUGAUUUACUAACUUUUAUAUAGUCAACUUCUGCAAAUAUAAGAUUUCUUCCCUUCAAGUUCUAAUCAAACAGUAGUGUGAACAACAUGAGAAUCAGAUAUCUUCAUCUCAGGCGCAAGGCAUUUAGGUUGAAGAGGUUUCUGCUAAGAGUUCUAGGCAGAAAGAGAAGGCUUAUGCCAGCAAAGAAGCCUUCAUGGAUGACACCAGUAACACAUGGUUAUCAAGUGGUGGAGCAUCAUAUGAUCAUAGAUGGUUCAGAUUACUCAGAUUUUGAUUCUAUAGUGGUACAAAGAGAGCAAAUAGAUCAAACAGAAUUGUGGUAUUUUGGAAUCUUUGAUCCACUGGUUGGAGACAAGGUUACCAAGUACAUGCAGUCUCAUUUCUUUUCAAAGAAGCUUCAAGAGGCUCAAAUAUGGAGAAAAAGCAAAGAAAUGAUGAAGAGAGCUUAUGUUGGUGUAAGGGCAAAGAUGAGAGAAGAGACAUCUAGAAUGGGUUCAGCAUCUGUUAUGGUGAUCAAUGGAGAAAAACUUGUAAUAGCUAAUAUAGGAAAUUACAGAGUUGUUGUGUGUAGAGAUGGCAUGGCUCAUCAGAAAACUGACACAUAUCAACAAUCAGCCAAAAGACAUUGGUCUCAUAGAAUAUUUUCAGCAUAUGAAUCAGGAAACGGUGUAGCUACGAGGCAUUCUAGCAGCUCAGAACUUGUGAUCAGAAGUGAGAGUAUUGAUUCUAAUACUGAAUUUCUGAUACUAGCAAGCAAUGGCAUAUGGGAGGUAAUGAAGAACCAAGAGGCUGUGAGUCUAAUAAGUCACAUUGAAGAUCCACAAGAAGCAGCUGAAUGCUUGGCAAAUGAAGCUUUAAAUAGGAUGAGCAAAAGUAACAUCUCAUGCUUAAUCAUUCGCUUUGACUGAUGUUUCAUCCGAGUAGUCAGUAGCGGCCAAUAGCGGCGGUACCCCGCUUUAGCGGAGCGGAGGACGACUGCUAUGGGAAGAGCCUUAGCAAUGCAGAACACUAUAGCAGCAACUAUAGAGUAAAUAGCAGGAUAGCGGAGCGGAGCAAAGCAGUUCCCAUCCCAGAAUCCCCCCCUUCCUUCUUAGUCGUUAAUACACUUCAAGAGAUUCGCGUGUGCUUUGCUUAUGAAUGUUUUAUGAGUUGAAUUAUUUGUUUAAUUUUACAUUAACAGGCAUCCCGCUAUACGCUAUCCUAUCACACAUUUGGGGCAUAUGGGUCGAAUACGCCGCUAUCCAGAAAUGAUUUCUAUGGUGAAAGUUUCACCAUAUUGCAAUCCUGAUAGAGUAACACUUUGAAUGCAGAAUUGUUUCUUACA